AACUUCUCACGAGUCCGAGUCUAUGAUCUAAAAACUAAGCCUAAAUCAAAUGGUGUUUUACUUCAAAUAGUAACUUUAUCCAUUCAAUAUUGGAUUUAUCUUCGAUCACAAACAAGACAAUAAACAAAUGGAUAGUAACAUGAGAAGGGUGUCCGUGGUAUGCAUACUAGUAUUAUUCCUAUUGGUGGACGUCAUGGGCAGUCCGUUAUCGUUGGAUCCCUGUCCGGACAACGGUAUGCGAAAACCGCCCCGAUUUGGCAAACGUGACCCCAAUGUGGACCCCUGUGUGAGAGGACCUGUCCGGAGGAAUAUCCGCGAAGACAAAUCAAUGGUGAGGCCCAUGAGAUACACGCUGAUGGACGCCAUCAUCGAGCGAUUAAAAAGUCAAUUGAGUGCUGAUUAUAAUGAAACCUAAGACUUAAUACUUAUAUUAUAAUAUAAUAUAUUAUAUAAC